AUGAACGGUUUAGAAAAUCAACUUUUUCAAUUAAAGUUUACAGCAAAACAACUCAAUAAACAGUCUAAACGGUGUCAAAAAGACGAAACAACAGAAAAGAACAAGUUGAAAAAAGCUAUACAAGAUGGCAAUAUGGAAGGAGCUCGUAUAUAUGCAUCAAACGCCAUUCGAAAGAAAAACGAAGCUCUUAACCUAUUAAAACUUUCAUCAAGAAUUGAUGCAGUCGCAAGUCGUGUACAGACAGCAAUUACCAUGAGAAAGGUAUCUAAUUCUAUGGCACAAGUUGUUCGUGGUAUGGGCAGAGCAAUGGAAACAAUGAAUCUAGAACAGAUUUCAAUGGUUAUGGACAAGUUUGAGUCACAGUUUGAAGAUUUAGACGUACAAACAGGAUAUAUGGAAGGCGCUAUGGCAGGCACAACGACACUAAAUACACCGCAAGAUGAAGUUGAACAACUAAUGCAUCAGGUUGCAGAUGAGCAUGGCUUAGAAAUGAAUAAUGCUCUGAAUGAAUUAGAGCCAAGCAAGGUGCUGAAACAGCCAUCGCAGAAGGCAAAAGAAAGAGAUGAAGAUGCUUUGUUGACCGAGAGACUAAGAGCUUUGAGACAAUAG